AGUACCUUUAAUUAACCACUUCUAGAUCCAUCAAGUACACACACAAACGUUGUAAUCCUCACAAGAACCACCUCUACACUUUUCAUAACUCUUUCAACCUCUCAUCACCCACUUCAUCAAGAUGCAAUACAACAACUUAGGCCGGUCAGGUCUAAAAGUCAGCCAACUCUCCUACGGAGCAUGGGUAAGUUUCGGCAACCAGCUCGACGUCAAAGAGGCAAAAUCUCUUCUCCAAUGCUGCCGCGACCACGGCGUAAACUUCUUCGACAACGCAGAAGUCUACGCCAAUGGUCGCGCAGAGGAGAUCAUGGGGCAGGCAAUCAAAAGCCUUGACUGGAAACGGUCUGACAUCGUUGUUUCGACAAAGAUCUUCUGGGGAGGACAAGGACCGAAUGAUAAGGGGCUGUCAAGGAAGCAUAUUGUGGAAGGGACGAAAGCGUCGUUGAAGAGGCUGGGGAUGGAGUAUGUGGAUGUUGUUUAUUGUCAUAGGCCGGAUGUUUGUACACCGAUUGAGGAGACUGUAAGAGCAAUGAAUUUUGUUAUUGAUCAAGGUUGGGCUUUUUAUUGGGGGACUAGUGAGUGGUCUAGUCAGCAGAUUACUGAAGCUUGGGCUGUUGCUAAUAGGUUGGAUUUGGUUGGACCGGUUGUUGAACAGCCUGAGUAUAACCUCUUGAACAGGCACAAGGUUGAGUCUGAGUAUCUUCCCCUGUAUUCUAGUUAUGGAAUUGGUCUCACCACUUGGAGUCCACUUGCGUCUGGAGUCCUUACUGGAAAAUACAAGAAAGGAGUUAUUCCCCCAGACAGCCGUUUUGCUUUGGAAAAUUACAAGAAUCUUGCAUCUCGAUCACUGGUUGAUGAUGUGCUCAAAAAGGUUGAUGGUCUGAAGCCAAUAGCAGAUGAACUUGGUGUGCCAUUAGCACAACUCUCAAUUGCAUGGUGUGCUGCUAAUCCUAAUGUUUCGUCAGUUAUCUGUGGCGCUACAAAAGAAUCUCAGAUUCAUGAGAAUAUGAAGGCUAUUGAAGUCGUUAAACUACUAACUCCUGCUGUGAUGGAGAAGAUUGAGGCUGUUGUUCAAAGCAAACCAAAGCGCGCUGAUUCAUACAGAUGAAUUUAAGGUUUCUCAUAUGAUACAGACAUAUAUUGUUUGUAUUGAUGCGGUUUCCUCCUUUUAUUAAGUAUUCCAAAUGUAUUUAGGAGCAAUGUACUCCAAGGAUUUAAGACUGGGAUUUGGGUUUACAUUAUCCUCUUGGAUAAAUAUAUGCUUAUGGCUUUUGGAUAGUUUUUUCUUUUAAAAUAUCAGGGUAUUGUUUGGAUUUUGAUAUAGUCCAGAUGUUUCUCUUGAUCCAUGUAGUUAUAUCUACCAUGGACAAGACAUGAUUAAGAGCAUGUUUGGAUUUGAUUUAUGGGAGCUUAUCUACUGACAUAAAUUUUGUGA